AUGUCGAAUUUAGCUACAAAAUUAUGGAGAAUAUCACAAUUCAGGCAAUUUUCGGCGUCUUUUUCGAAACCUUAUAUUCCAACUAUAGAAGGUGUCAACAAAUCGGUUCCAUUUGAAAAUCUUUUAGAAGAAUAUUCGAGAAUUCAUUGGGAUGAUACAGUAACUGCAGAAGAUCCUACCGUAAUUUAUUUUUAUUUAGUUCUUAUUUUUAACCCCUCUUUUUUUAGGUGAAAAGAAUGUUCACAAAUUUGAUGGCUGGACAAAGAGCAGCAUUGGCAUCUGCAAUUACAUUAGUCGAAUCGAAAAAUCCAACAAAAAGAGCACAAGGAAAUGUAUUAUUGAAAUUGGUUUUAGAUGAAGAACGGGAUAAAUAUAAGAGAUUAGGAAGAGAUUCAAUGAUUUUUAGAAUUGGUAAGACAUAGUGAAAAAACGAAAUUCGAUUCAAAAUUAAUUUUCAGGUAUUUCGGGAAGUCCUGGAGUUGGAAAAUCUUCAUUUAUCGAAGCAAUGGGAAAUGAAUUAACAGUUAAUCGCGGGAAGAAAGUAGCAGUUUUGACAAUUGAUCCAACAAGUGCAAUGACUGGUGGAUCGGUAUUAGGAGAUUUGACUAGAAUGCAAGAAUUAUCUAGAAAUCCAAUGGCUUAUAUUAGACAAAGUCCAACAUCCGGUGAGUUUUGCUUUAAGAAAUGUGUUACCCAAAAACGGUUGGAGAUUUUUUUGAACCAAACGAUUUAAAACCAAAAGAUUUGGAGUCCAAAGUUUUGGUGGACCAAAUUUUUAAAAAAAUCUGAGUUCCAGGUUCGCUGGGAGGUGUUACUCGUGGAAUUCACGAAGCUGUAAUUUUGUGCGAAGGAGCUGGAUAUGAUGUAGUUAUAAUUGAAACAGUUGGAGUUGGACAAUCAGAAGUAUCAGUUUCGGAUAUGUGUGAUAUGAUGUGUUUAUUAUUAUCGCCUGCACAUGGAGAUGAACUUCAAGGUGUUAAAAGAGGAAUUAUGGAAAUGAGUGAUUUACUUGUUGUAACAAAAGAUGAUGGAGAUUUGAAAGCUAAAGCAAAAAUGACACAAGCUGAAUAUAUUUCGGCGCUGAAAUUUAUGCGACCGAGAUUGGAUGUUUGGAGACCUGAAGUUAUGCGAUCUUCGAUUAUGGAUAAAGAAUCAGUUUCGAAUGUUUGUUCGAAGAUUUAUGAAUUUUGGGAUGCGAUUGGAGAAUCAGGAGAUUUAGAAAGAAGAAGACAAGAACAAAUGCAAAAAUGGAUGUGGAAUCAUGUUAAAGAUGAAAUUAUGGCUGUUUUCCAAAAACAUCCGAAAAUUGCUAAUCUUGUAAGUUCAAAAUUGUGAUUUCAGUUAUGGGGUGAUUCAGGUCGAAAAAAAACUAAAAAAAAAACGUUUUUUUUAACAAAAAAAUUCGAUUCACCAAAUGUCAAAAAACCCUAUUUUUUUCCACACAAAAAUGAAAGAUAUCUCGCAGCGAAAAUGUUUCAAUGAAAAAAAAAUGGAAAAAAAUAGGAAAAAAAUAUAGUUUUUUGACAUUUGCUGAAUCGAAAUUUUUUGUAAAAAAAAACGUUUUUUUAAAGUUUUUUUUCGACCUGAAUAACGAAAAAUCUUCAAUAAUUAUUUAAUUAUACUGUAUUUAUUUUCGAAUUUUAGGCGCCACAACUUGAACGUGAUAUUAAAAGUGGAAAAACAACGCCUGGACUUGCCGCUGAAACAAUGAUUCGUGUAUUUUUCGGGGUUUAA